AUGAUUUCAGUUCCCUCGGAAGAGGAGGAGGAUAGUGAUUCCAGAGUAGAGACCGGAUCAGGAAAGGUGAGACAGCGGGAUAACAGGCUUGGGGUAGUCUGGACCGGUGCUGAGAACCGCAGGAGGAUAUUACGAUUGGAGGUCAAGGACCUAGGAACUGUGAUAUGGAGAUGGGUGCAAAAAGCAGUUAGUGGGUGUAUGAGCCCUAGUCAGGUGUGGACCUUUCUGUGCUUGGGACGAGAGUCAGAUCAUUUAGCAGGGUUGGCGGUCCGGCGGCGGGUUAUGCCAAUAGAGUUCUCAGAUAUGGGGAUUGAGUAUAUCAGCAUUGGAGUAGUUGGAUUAGUUUUGAUUUUGGGAGUUCUGUGUGGAUUCAGUUGUCCAUGGAAGAAGUUUUCGGUGUGGUAUGAGAUUCAUUCGGAUGGAUUCAACCGCAUGACUUCAAACGAUAUUCCUACUUCUUCAAUUAUGGAACAACACCCAUAUGCUUACAUGGAUUAUCAAGGAAUGAAUAUUAGAAACCAAGUUGAAAGGAAAUGGGCUCUUGGACUUCAGAUGAAAUUAGUUUAUUAA